CGCGCGCAAGGCUGGGGCAAAACCCGGGCCGGGAUAGGGCGUGGGGCCGCGCGUCGGGACGUCCCUCGCGUCGGGCCCGAGGGCGCGUGCGCACUGGGCGGCCGGCGGGGCGGCUGAGGGGCGGGGCGGGGGCAAGAGUGGCCUCCUUGCCUCUUUGUGCCCUAUCGCCGCCCGGACACCGCGCAGGCCGCCGGCACCAUGAAGAUCUGGACUUCCGAGCACGUCUUCGACCACCCAUGGGAAACCGUCACAACAGCUGCAAUGCAGAAAUACCCCAACCCCAUGAACCCCAGUGUGGUCGGAGUUGACGUCUUGGACAGACACAUAGAUGCCUCUGGAAAGCUGCACAGCCACAGGCUCCUCAGCACAGAGUGGGGACUGCCUUCCAUAGUGAAAUCUAUUAUUGGUGCAGCAAGAACCAAAACAUAUGUGCAGGAACAUUCUGUAGUGGAUCCGGUAGCGAAAACAAUGGAACUUAAAUCUACUAAUAUUUCAUUUACAAAUAUGGUUUCAGUAGAUGAGAGGCUUAUAUACAAACCACAUCCUCAAGAUUCAGAGAAAACUGUGUUGACUCAAGAAGCCAUAAUUACCGUGAAAGGCGUCAGUCUGGGCAGUUACCUCGAAGGACUGAUGGCAAGUACGAUAUCUUCCAAUGCGAAUAAGGGCCGAGAAGCAAUGGAAUGGGUAAUACAUAAAUUAAAUGCUGAAAUUGAAGAAUUGACGGCUUCAGCCAGAGGGAGCAUCCGGACACCGAUGGCAGCGGCAGCGUUUGUAGAGAAAUGAUCCUGAACGUGGGCGUGCGCACCCGGUCCCCCAGGUCUCUACACGCUGGCGGUGUAUUUAUUUGCUAUUUAAAAAAUUCAACUAUAUUUUAGGUAGGAUUUUUUUUUAAUAAGCUGAAGAGAGGCUGUGUGACUGGAUCAAAACAAAGGUGCAGGAUUUCUAAAUAAAAGGGAUUGUCUGAAAUUAGUGUUGUUGGAAAUGAUGUCUACUUUUGAGGAUUCUAGUAUUUAUGUGGAAAUGUAACAAUAUUUGAAAAGUACUUGUAAAUUGGUAGUGGCGGAUUAAAUCUCCUUAAGGUAGAAUUUUAAAGCUUUCGUGCAUUAGAACUCUGCCUGGCUUUGGACCAACCCCAAGACAAAGCAGAGCCACCUCUGACACACCCACAGUUGCCCUGCUGCAGUAAACUUCCAGAAGGCGCCUGCGAGGACUCACCUUGAAGGGAGGAAUCGGAUAGUUGUUGAAAGACAGUAAUUUGCUCUGCUGUAAAUCACCAUCGAAGGCCCCAGUGGUUUAACUUGGUACUCAAAUAACGUUUUUGGAGUAAAAAUGAUCACAAAAGUAAUAAAGGACUCCAGCAAAAACACCCUUUUAUUGUGUUAACCGGUACUGUACUGGUUUGCCAGAGCUGUGUAACUUAGUAAAGGUGUUGCCUUCCUUGGAUCUGUACUCCAUGACUUGGUAUGCCGCAUCGUGGGCUGGUUAUAUUAACUGAAGAAAUCAAGUCACUACCGGAAUCUUGCAACACUCGAAACUUAGAAGAACAGCUGUUCACAUCUUUUAGCUUUUCACAUUUGCCUAACUUAUAAAUUGCCAUGUGUCAAAAUCUUGGUUCUGUAAUUGCUAAAGCAUGAUAUGUCAGGUUAUUUGAAUAUAAUUACCUUUUGAAGUAAUUGUGACCACAAAAACAUCUUUUUACGUGAAGAGCUGUACAUCAUUUGAAAUUACUCAGAUGAUGUCUUGAUCCGAAGCAUAAAUCCCAGGGACUUAAUGUUUUUAAUAAUACGGUGUCACUGCCAGUUCGGGGGCGGCAUCGAAGAAGAAAGAAUAACUGGGUAGAAAAAAAGCGUUGACCUAAACCAACCACUACAUGAAUCGCUUUGCAGCUUUUAUUUAUGGGAAAUCCUUGCUUUGGAUGCCAGAGGGCAGCUGCAAUCUGAAAACCAGUCCAAUAAAUGCAUUUUGUUUUGUAUCUGGUAGCAGGCAGUUAAUUAUCAACCACUAAAAAAAGAGUAUCUUUGAUACCUGGAACAGUUGCAUAAAGAGUAUUUUUAUUAAAAGGUGAUUAGCUCUUGCCUUUAUUUCCACAGUGCUUAAUGUGAUAAACUUCUAGUCAGGUUUCCUGUAAAACAAACCAAUUAAUAUAUGUACCUAAACCACAAAAACAGUAUACCAAACUGUUUAAAAACUAGUGCUUUUCUACUUAAAAUAUUGUUAGCUUAAGACUUGGGAUAUUUGUAAAAGCCAGUAAGGUUUUUGGUUAUCUUUUGUAACCGGAGAUAAUUUUUACAAUUAAAAUCACAUUUCAGCUAAACAUUGCUGAAUACUGAUAUCAUUACAUUGCCUGUGUAAUUUCUGAAAAUUAUACUUUUUCUGAAAAAGAUGUGAUAAUACCCUAAUGAUAAAAAGACUUCUGAACAAAAUUUUAUCCUGUUUUUUUUUUUAAUCUGAUCUUAAUGAUAAAAUUCUAUAAAUUUUCACUUUCCAGUGUAAUAGCUUUAGUUAAGUAGCUGGUACUUAUGGCUUUUACAUGUUAAAAUAUAAAUAACAUAAGCAUUUGAGAGGGCUAAACUGGAAUAAAGUGUUCGUGGAUUAGAAUUAGACUUACGGAUUGUGGGGCAUAUUAUCCUAUUUAAUAUGAAAAAUGGAUCUUAUAUGAAUUAAGAAAAAUCUUGUUAAUAAAAACUUAUUUUUUAACUAUGUU